AUAUAAUAUUUUCAAAGCAAAGUAACGAACGUAACGGUGAUUCUUCUCUCUCUCUCUCGCUCGCUCUCGCUCUCGUUCUCGCUCUCAGAGUCAUGGAAAUUGCAAGGAUUCUGUUCCAAUAGACAUCAAUCUCGUUCUUCUUCUCCAUCCUGGAAUCCUAAUUCCUCCCUCAGUGCCCCAAUUCCCGCUCUGAAUCCCUUCAAAAUCCCAUCUUCCUGCAAUCAUCCAGCUCGACUAGCGUUUCCAAUUGACUUCCUUUCUUCAGUUCCAUCCAUGUCGGUUCCUGCAAUCACCCUCUACUCAAUUCCGCCGGGAAACAUCUUCCCAACAGAUUUCGACUUCAAUCCUCGCCCUCUUUCCUCUUCCACUCACCGUCCGAUCGCCGGCGGCCUUUCCUACCUAUUUUCCUCUCCCUCCUCCCGCUCCUCCGUCGCCGUCGACGAGCUCAGCUCGCACCGUUGUGACGAACUCAGCUGCUCCUUCUCCUACUCAACCUCCGCCCCUCACUUCAAAGCCCGCGACCAUAGCCCCGUUUCCGUCUUACACUACUGUCCUGUCUCUUGCAGCUCCGGAAGCAGCUCACCGCAGUCGAUUAGGGUUCCUUUUGGUGAUUGGAAGUUCCGAAAAGACCGAAAUUUCAGUAAAUUUGUGAGGAAAGCUCUAGUUUCGUGCUUGGAUUAUGAUUCUCCUAGCUUCCCAGUGCCUGGUAGCCUGGUUGAGGAAGAAGAACCCACUUUUAGUUUGGAGGGAAGUCCACCGAGGAGCUGUGAUCCUCAUGCUUUGAGAUUGCUCGCAGAAGCUCAAUCUAGGCAUUUGAUCUUUCAUGAAGAAAUUGUUGUCAAGGCUUUUUAUGAGGCUGAGAAGGCUCACAGAGGGCAAGUAAGAGCAAGUGGAGAUCCUUAUUUGCAGCAUUGCAUGGAAACGGCAGUAUUGUUGGCGGAGAUUGGUGCUAAUUCUCUGGUUGUUGCUGCAAGCCUGCUUCAUGAUUCCAUUGACGAUUCUUUUAUGAGCUAUGGAUACAUUUUUCGGAUCUUUGGGGCUGAGGUAGCUGAUUUGGUCGAAGGGGUUUCAAAACUUAGCCAAUUGAGCAAGCUCGCUCGUGAUAACAACACUGCAAGCAAAACCAUUGAGGCAGACCGGUUACACACAAUGUUUCUGGCAAUGGCGGACGGCAGAGUUGUUCUUAUAAAGCUAGCAGAUAGACUUCAUAACAUGAUGACUCUUGAUGCCUUACCGUUGGUCAAGCAAGAGAGGUUUGCAAAGGAAACACUGGAAAUUUUUGCUCCUUUAGCAAACAGAUUAGGGAUAUUUACUUGGAAGGAGCAGCUUGAGAAUUUGUGCUUUAAGCAUCUUCAUCCUGAGGAGCACAAUGAUCUUUCCUCAAAACUUGACAAGUUUUUUGAUGAAAAAUUGAUUGAAUCAUGUAUAGGGAAGUUAGAGAAGGCUAUUCAGAAUGAAGGUGGAUCUUAUCAAAUGCUCUGUGGCAGGCAGAAGAGCUUGUACAGCAUUUACCGCAAGAUGCUAAGGAAGAAGCUCAGCAUGGAAGAAAUACAUGAUAUUCAUGGUCUACGCUUAGUUGUUGAAAAUGAGGAAGAUUGCUUUGCUGCACUUGAUGUUGUUCAUCGUUUAUGGCCCAGAGUUAAUGGAAGGUUCAAAGACUACAUAACCUACCCCAAGUUUAACGGGUAUCAAUCUCUGCACACAGUUGUUAUGAGCAGUGAAUUAAUUCCUCUGGAAGUUCAAAUUCGGACCAAGGAAAUGCAUCUACAGGCAGAGUUUGGAUUUGCUGCCCACUGGAGAUAUAAAGAAGGUGACUGCAAGCACUCGAGCUUCGUCCUUCAAAUGGUGGAAUGGGCAAGAUGGAUGAUUACAUGGGAGUUGGAAAAAAUGUACAGUGACCAAGCUUCUUCUCAUGGCGGCAACUCAACUUUGAUCAGACCUCCCUGUCCAUUCCCGUCUCAUUCUGAUGGUUGUCAGUUCUCCUACUCGCCGCUGUGUGACAAAGAUGGACCUGUCUACAUUGUCAUGAUAGAGAACGAAAAGAUGUCUGUCCAUGAACUACCAGCAAACGCAACAGUAAUGGAUGUACUGGAACAAGCUGGACGAGGUAUUUCAAGAUGGAGCCCUUGCUCUUUUCCUUUCAAGGAGGAGCUGAGACCUAGACUGAACAACAAGCCAGUCAGAGAUCCCUAUCAGAAGUUAAGGAUGGGAGAUGUAGUCGAGCUGACGCCGGCCAUCUCUGAUGAAUCCUUAGUGGAAUACAGGGAGGAAAUUCAGAGAAUGUAUGAUGGUGAUUUGACGAUGCCAAGCUACUUUAGAAGUAUUUGACAAACUCACUAUUGGAAAAUCGUGUUUUAUCGUUGGUUUAACCGGCUAUUUUUCAUAAUAAACUGCCGGCGGCAAACAGACCACAAGACAUAUCGCCAGUUUUUCCGUCAGGCGUCAGACAAUUUCCGGCAAUUUGGCUGCUGGUUAUUCCGGUGUUUUCAACGGCCAGUAUGCCGCCGGUAAUUAACCGUCGGCAGCCUGCAGUUUGACCGUCAGAAUAUACCGGUUUUCAAGCCGCCAGAAAACCGCCGGAAAAAUACCGUGGUAAUUUCUUUCCUACGCAGUUUAUUCCGGCGGUUUUUGAAACACCAGCGAACCGCCGGGAAUUUUUAAAACCGCCGAAAAUCUUAAUUUUACCGCCGGAAAAGACCAUCAGUAAUUGACGAUUUUCCUGUAUUAACUGUAAUGUUGCAUCAGUGUUCCAAUGAUUCAUUGCUAGUAUUAAGCAAAUUCUGAAGUUCUCUGUAUAGCAAAAUGUCUUUGUAUUAGCAUAUUAAUUCAAGUUAGUUCAAUAUUUUGUAAAGAAA